GCGGCGAGGGGGGCGGUAGGGACGCGCGAGAGAGCCGUGGACUCGGGAGAGCGUCCACUGCCAUCGGAGUGUGCGAGGAAACGGAUAGUGUAUCUAGUUCGCUUCGCGUCCCCGCUCGUGCCCGAGAACCCGCCUCAGGUUGAAUCAUGGCGCGUACCAAGCAGACUGCCCGUAAAUCAACGGGAGGUAAGGCUCCCCGCAAGCAGCUCGCGACCAAGGCGGCCAGGAAGAGCGCGCCGUCCACCGGCGGCGUGAAGAAGCCGCAUCGUUACAGGCCCGGUACCGUGGCGCUUCGAGAAAUUCGAAGAUACCAGAAGUCGACCGAGCUGCUGAUCAGGAAGCUGCCGUUCCAGCGUCUGGUCCGUGAGAUCGCCCAGGACUUCAAGACCGACCUGCGCUUCCAGAGCGCCGCCAUCGGCGCCCUCCAGGAAGCGUCCGAGGCGUACCUCGUCGGUCUCUUCGAGGACACCAAUCUGUGCGCGAUCCACGCGAAGCGCGUCACGAUCAUGCCUAAAGACAUCCAGCUGGCCCGGCGAAUCCGCGGCGAGCGUGCUUAAGAGACGCUAUGUAACUCGCAUACAUACCGUUCACUGCGAUCAUUAUUAUUAUUAUUAUUAUUAUUAAUUAUUAUUAUUAUUACUAUUAAUUAUCGUUCGCAAUCGUCGUGGAUGAAUCACUUUCAUUCCAAGCUCUAUAUAUUUUCUUUUAUUCACAUAGAGACACGCGCUGUAGGCAUUAAUCACCCGCCGGUGAUUAUCCCUCCCUCCCCCCCCCCCCCAUUCUCAAACUACACUGAAUUCGAUGUCGCGAGUCGUAGGACACACGUAUCUCAUGUUGUCUUUAGUUAUCGUCUCCCUUUACUUUUCCUCGCUGAUAUUCGACUCUUCGGUUCUCUCACACUUGCGUACGCCGGAUGGAUAAUUCACGGAUUUAUGCGAUUUCGUUUGCGCUGAGUUUGGUCAAACGAUCAUUUCGAGCGGCGUCCGUUCACGUUUCUUUUCCCUCAUUUACUCCUUUUGCCGUCAUUAAUGUUAUAGCAACGUCAUUAUAUCGUUAUCAGUACUCGGAAAAAAAAAGUGUGCAUUAGAGUAAGACACCCUCAUAGUAACCCGAUGUAGUGCUUAACGUAUUAGAUCUCUGAUUGUACUCGAGUUACAUGAAUCAUUUUGAUUACCAUUGUGUAAAAAUUUGUGUAAAAAUAAACGCAUUUCUCGUAAAUAAA